AUGGACUCCAGGCAGGCUCCACCAAAGCUUCUAUUCCGGUUGCCCUCGAGCGAAGUUAACUUUACCUCUCUGCACAAUUGGAAGAGCAAGACUUUCGGGAGCCAAAGCUGGGGACAAAGCCAACAAUCCGGUCAUUCAGCGACUGAUGACAAUGUGCGUCAUCAGGGCAUCGGUCUAAAGAUUGUUACUUUUUUUCAGUUCACGUGUUCUACCGGCUAUUACGGACCGUUGUGUGAGCAGAGUUGUGAUUUCCUGACUGCUUCAGCACAACCUCCUGAAUGUAAGCCUCAAUCAGAGGGGAUUCUCUGCCCCACCGGCUACGAGGGGCCGCAUUGUGACAAACAACUGCAAUUUUGCCAGAACCACCCAAACACUUGCAAGAAUAGGGGCAAAUGUGAAAACGUCCAGAGCACGAACAAUCAACCUUAUCGUUGCGUCUGUGCACCGGGUUUCCGCGGCGACCACUGCGAAAUGAUCCAAUUGGAUUGUCAAUUUCAUGGUUGUCGCAACGGAGGCGAGUGUACUCAACAUUCCGACGGCCAGGGCCGCUGCAUCUGUCCGCAGGGUUUCUACGGCAGUCUCUGCCAAUUCAACCAAACCAGUUGCGCAGAAAAUCCCUGCCAGGCACCCAACUCCGUCUGUCACCCAGUACUGAAGGAACGCAGCGGGGUGCGGCCCUCGGGACGCCAGUUCGUCUGUGAGUGUCCACCGGGUUACUCGGGCGACAACUGUGAAAUAAAUACGGAUGAGUGUGUCGACAAGCCCUGCAAAAAUGGAGCCUUCUGUGAAGAUUUGGUGAGCGGCUACCGAUGUAUUUGCCCGGCCGGAUACACUGGAGUGUGGUGCGAAAAGAAUGUAACCAGAUGUGACGGGAACAGUUGUCCAAAGGGCAGCCAGUGUGUAAACACAGCCACCGGUUUUCAGUGUUCCCCAUCAACAUCACUCUAUCCAGCAGUCACUGAGGCAACCAUCAGUACACCAUCACCACAGCGUCCUCAAGAGGAAGAGAAAGAGGAUCAGUUCACUUUUCCCACCGGUCCAGUUGGCUCAAUCGACUUCACAAAAAAGAACAAUGUCGUCAUGGUGCACUUACAGCCCUCCUUCCUUAGCCUCACUCUUGGUGUGCCCAUCGCCAUUGUAUUUUGUGGCCUCCUUCUGGCCAUGUUGACCUGUGCAAUCCUGGCGGUCUGUAUAUGGCGAAAGGGUUGUGCGCAUACGAGACGAAAAUGCAGACGUAAUGACAGAGGUGCCUUCUCAAAGCCAAACCAAUCCCUAGACGACGAACCUAAUAUAUACACCUCAGAGACCUCGACCAUCUGGUCAAACUACGAGCCGAUCGCAUCCCUGCGACCAGUCCCCGGCAAGCCUGUGGGUUUGCCUCGCUCUGUCUCAGCUUUCUAUCCCGCCAGUGCGUCCUCGGGUACCAAGAGACUGGACUUGCUAAGCAACUCACCGUUUGGAAUGUCUGGCAAGCAGGGAUACAAUGGGUCCGGAAAAGGGCAUGGCGUUAUCGACUGUGGGAAACUAUCGCGCUCCAGUUCAAAGCACGACAUAAACUCCGACAGGGCGACUUCAGUCUACCAGCGCUAUGCAGAAAAUCCGACGAGAUCCUACUCGCUGUACUUUAUGCCCUCUUUUCUGUACGGCUAUCCGCUGCAAAGGCGGGAUUCCAAUUCCUCCAAAACCCCAUCUCUCCCGCCAAGGCCUAUGCCAGGCCGACCUGUCACCUACUCCGCCUGUUUACGACCAGUCCUCUUCCCAAUCCAUCAACAACCCCAGCUUAAGCAAAGGGAGGCCUCUCCGCCAAUAAAAAUAUCUGAAUCUUCGUAUGCCACGAUAACGGAGCCCCGUGCAGCACAGUAA